AUGGCAGCUACAAUGUCUAAAGCAAUGCGGCAGAAGGUAUCCGAUGCAUCACAUUCACUGCCGGAAGAUAUGGUCGCCGAGAUCCUGAGCCGGUUGCCGGUGGAAUCAUUACUGAGAUUCAAGUGCGCCUGCAAGAAUUGGCGCCAACUCAUCCAACAACAUGAUUUCGUCGAAAAACAUCACCGCCACGCCGCCAUUUGUUUCUACUAUAUAAAUCAAUCCAAUCACUUGCCUAUCUGUACGAAGUUUCGGAUCCCUCCGAUCCGUAAGGACGGGGAAUUCACGUGUAUUGAUAUACAGAAAGGGUUACUGUUAGAGCACGAGCAUCGUAAAGAUCUCAGGGAAAGGCUUCUCAUAAGGAAUCCGGCGACCAGGCAAACGGUAUACUUGCCGGAUCUCCGGGUCGGCGAGGAAUCGCCGGCUUGGGUGGUGGCCAGAAUGUUCUUCGUCGCAAAAAGUAAUAACGAAUGCACGGUGAUAAGUUUCUCGGGGUUGGAAAAAUCAGUUUUGUUGGGACGGUUUAGAGCAAUAACAGUGGGCGUUGAUGCAUCGUGGAGACCUCUCAAAAACUCCAUACACUGCAUUAGCAACAUUUGCCGGUGGCCGAAGAUUUACGCUCUGAGUAUUGAAAAUAUUUUCUAUGUGGUAACAAUGGAUGUGGGCGACAGGAAAAUUCUGUGGGUGGACGCACAAGACGAGAGCAUUAAAACCGCUAAAAUCCCAGAAAAUCUCUUCUCAGAUUGGAGGUUUGUGAUGGCAAGAGAAUGGAAUUCAAAGCUGUCUCUUUGCUACGAUAAUGGAGAUGAAAUCAACAUAUGGGUUCUCAUGAAUAACAGCAAGAACGAGUGGGCUAAAACCCUGACGGUCGAUUAUCCAAUCCCGUUCAUCAAAGAGGAAAAGAAUAUAUGUAUGGGUGUUGACGGGAAACGGUGGUGGGUAUAUGUUCCAUGGCUUAAUAUGAAGGAGGUACUAAGCAUUAAACCCACAGUUUUGCAGCUAAAAGGAAUGCAAUCGGACAAGGUUGAAGAAGCAAUACGUAUUUGGAAGGGAAGAGAUAUGCGGAAGAACACCUCGCAAAUUACUUCUGUAAUUUCGCUAAUACGUCUGUGA